UAAGCAAAGCUUAACUUUGCUCCUAUCUUUCUCUAUUUCUUUUUAAAACCGCACCAUCUAAUGCCUCCCACCUCAAACAUUCUUCAACAAAAACAAAAACCAGAACUUACUCAUCCCACCAAUAAACUCAGUCUUUUCAUCUCAUCCCUCUUCUUGUCUCUGUUUCCUUCCCUUCUUCUUUUCUCCUCAUAACUGAAAAGGGAGGGAGAACACAUGUGGCAAGAUCAGGCCGGCAAAUCUUGUUUCGCAGAAUCUAUCAAGGCUCUUGAAGCUGAUAUACAACAUGCCAACAGCUUGGCAGCUUCUCUUCCCAGAGAUUAUGGUGGAGAUUGUAUCCAAAUGAGAUGGUCUUACAGCCCCUUUGCCCCUCUUUUCCUUUAUUUCAUUGAAUGGAUGGAUUACAGUUGCACAGACAUACUUCCCAAUUACUUGGGCCUCCUCCACAUUCUUGUAUACAAGGUACAUGUAGAUGGUGUUCCUUCAAUAUCCUCCAAAGAACAAAAGAUCAGUAUACGGGAAUUUUAUGGUGUAAUAUAUCCUUAUCUUAGACAACUUGAAGGCGAGUUUAACGAACUGGAAAAUAAUAAGAGAAGCCAAAAGAGGAUGGAAGACUGGAAAAACCUCUCGGAUAAUGAUCUAGACAGAGAUGAUGAAUGCGGUAUAUGUAUGGAAAACUAUGCAAACAUGGUGUUGCCGAAUUGUGGACAUUCUAUGUGUAUCACUUGCUUCCAUGAUUGGAAUGCACGAUCACAGUCAUGCCCUUUUUGCCGUGGCAACCUCAAGAGAGUAAAUUCUACAGACUUGUGGGUGCUCACUAGAAGUAGUGACGUGAUUGAUGCCGUAACUCUUUCAAAGGAGAACCUUAGACGCUUCUAUCUUUAUGUCGAAAAUCUUCCUGUUGUCAUGCCAGCAACACAUGUUGUGGUAUAUGAUUACAUGUUCUGACUUGGAGAUGAAUAAUGAAGUUGCAACUACACAAAAAGCUGAAUUACCUUUGUACAUAUAGUACAAUAUAGAUAGGUUUAUGUAAAUCACCAUGAAAGGUUGACAAGCUGUUUCAUGGUGGCUGUAUAUAGUAGCUGAAAUAUUGAAAUGCCUGUUCCCAAGCAGAAAGGAGGUAGCUUUGGACUUUGGAGAUUCUUGAUUCUACAUCAAUGAGCAGCAGACCAGCCUUCAUCAAAUGAUGGCCUGCAAGUCUGCGGCGACAGCGCUGGAUACACUAGUAUUGAUAUAUGUAAUUGGUAUGCUUGGCAUUCAACACAGUAUUUUGAAACCUGUGUUGCGAUGGAAAUGGCAAGCAGUUUGCUGGUAUUAUGUGUUCUGCUGAUUAAUUCAUGAUGUACUAUAAAUUUAAUGA